AUGAAUACGGAAAACAGAGACAACAUCCGACAAACCUGGGGAGGAUGGAAAGUUGACCAUCGCGUCCUGUUUCUCUUAGGUACGGUUGAAUCGCAGGAUUUGCAGAGGAAAAUCCAGUCGGAAAGCGACUUCUUUCAAGACAUUGUUCAAGGCAAUUUCGUGGACACUUACAGAAAUCUUUCCUACAAACACGUCAUGGCAAUGAAAUGGGCCACAGAAUUCUGCCCAGAAACUCAAUUCAUCUUCAAAUCCGACGAUGAUAUCUUCGUUAACACUCCUUUCAUCCUGCAUUUCGUAAACAGGCUUACUAAUAUGAACAGUACGAGAGAUUUCAUUUUCUGUGUUUUGAAUAGGGGGCCUCCAGUUAUGAGGGAUGAGAAAGAGAAGUGGUAUAUUUCCCCUGAAGAGUAUCCGAAUGCGACUUACCCUGUCUACUGUCCAGGAUUUGCACUUCUUCUGACGACUGACGUGGCUCAGAAACUCCACAAGGCGGCAGAAACCACGCCCUUCUUUUGGGUGGAAGAUGCCUAUGUGUUGGGGAUUUUGCGCGAGAAAAUCAAUGUGAGAAUAACAGCAGUGAAUGAUCUUUUGCUUAGGUCAAAAGCAAUUGAAGAAAUUUUCGUUGAGAAAACAAGAAACGCCACAGAUUGCCUCAAAAAUAUGUUUAGUGUUCAAAUGUCUAGCGAUCAUAUAAAAGACGUCUGGCAUGUUGUGAAGGAAUACCAGGAUAACGGAUACUACACUAAUAUCACCGAGAGUGAAUUUGCAGCUCCUGAUCGACGCUUCCUGAUCGAUCUCAGAGACUUUGACUACGUCAAUAACCAAAAGUCCUGCAGACAAUUAAGGACACAACCAAAGUUUAUCGUCCUGAUUCACAGCGCGCCACGAAAUCGGGAAAACAGAGACAACAUCCGGCAAAGCUGGGGCGGAUGGAGAAUCGACCAUCGCGUCUUGUUUCUCUUGGGAACCGUCGAAUCGCAGGAUUUGCAGAGAGAAAUCCAGACGGAAAGCGACUUCUUCCAAGACAUUGUUCAGGGCAAUUUUGUGGACAGUUACAGAAAUCUUUCCUACAAACACAUCAUGGCAAUGAAAUGGGCCACAGAAUUCUGCCCAGAAACCAAAUUCAUCUUCAAAUCAGACGACGAUAUUUUUGUUAAUACAGCUCUUAUUUCUCAGUUCAUUCAAAGAGUUGGUCAUUUGGAUAAUUUCAUCAUUUGUGCUCUUAGUUGGAAGCCAAAAGUCGUUCGAGAUAAAGACUGUAAAUGGUACGUUUCUCCUGAAGAAUAUCCGAAUGCGACUUAUCCUGUCUACUGUCCAGGAUGUGGAGUUCUCUUAACAAGCGACGUGGCUCAGAAGCUCCACAAAGCGGCUGAAAGAACGCCCUUCUUUUGGGUGGAUGAUGCCUAUGUGUUGGGGAUUCUGCGCGAGAAAAUCAAUGUUAAAAUAACAGCAGUGAACAAUCUUUUACUCAAGUCUAGGAUAACUGAUAACAUAUUCUAUGAUAAAACAAGAAACAUCACAGAUUCUCUCAACACUAUGUUCAGUUUUGAAUUGAAGAACGAUCAGAUAAAAGAACUCUGGCAAGUUGUGAAGAAAUACCAGGAAAACGGAUACUAUGCUGUCAAUAGUGUUAAGACAACGAAUUUGAUUCGCCCAAUAAAUUAA